AUGCAGUUCACCAAGUCUCUCAUGCUUCUGGCAGCCCUUGCCACCAGCACCCUCGCCGUUCCCACAAGCCUUGAGCGCCGCCAGGCCGCAACCUCCGCCGCCUCCUCUGGCAGCUCCAGCGGCGGCGACUGGACCUCCACACCCUCCAGCGGUUCAUACUCAACCGACGGCUUCGGCGGCAAAACCAGCUCCUUCGGCUCCGGCGAGACCUACGCCGGCAACGUGGGCAACCCCUACGGCAGCAACAUCAUCCAAGUAUCCGCGUCCAAGGCCAGCGAGUACAAGUACGUCGCACAGUUCACAGGCUCCAACACCGACUCCUGGACCGUCGCCAUCUUCAACAAGUACGGUCCUGACGGCAAGAUGACCGGCUGGUACGGCAACGCCUGCCAGACCUUCACUCUCGCCCCCGGCGAGACCAAGUACGUCGCCUUCGACGAGGACUCCAACGGUGGCUGGGCUGCUGCCUCGGGCUCCACCAUCCCCACAGACAGCAAGGGUGGCUACGCCUCCACCUGGGGUGAAUUUGACGUCGGAUCCGCCACCAACAACGGCUGGUCUGGCUUCGAUGUCUCGGCCAUUGCCGCCCAGAAUGCCGGUAUGUAUGUCUCUGGUAUGAAGAUCUGUGAUGCGCUCGGCACGGUUUGCUCGUCUAUGACCAAGGACGCGGCCAGAGUCGAUAACGCUUACACUUCUGCUGAGACUGAUAUCGGUGGUAUCGGUGCUAACUUGGGCUCUGGUCCGGUUCGCAUGGCUGUUACCAUUGACUACAGCGGUUAA